AUGCCAGUUGCCAAAGAAGCAGUCCCCAAGUCUACGCUGGCAUGCGAUUACUGUCGGCUGAAGAAGGACAAGCACCGUGUCGAAAUUGUGAGGAAGAUCCAAAGGAAGCCACGAGAAGCGAAAGAAGUCCAGCGGCUUCUCCAGAAUCGACUCGAGAAGGCGGAAGACCUUUUACGCCAGGCUGGCAUCGUUGUUCCUGCCACGCAACCCUCCUCCUCUUCCUCAAAGGAGGCUCAGAGUGGCAGUACUUGGACGGCAAAUGUGUUCUCGGAGCCUCGAACCCUGGAUGCAGAGUAUGAGCGCUCACAACUGCUGGGCAGCGAGACAUGUAUAGGCACUGAUCGACCGUCUGGCAUGGGAUCCAUAUCGACUCAGACCCAGACCCAGAACCGGAAUCAAUUCGCUAGCAAUCUUGCAUCGCCUUUCCAGCACUCACAGGUACCAUUUGGUAACUCAACUUCCGACGACAGAGACGCGAGAGAUGCAACGCUGACUCCACAUGGUAAUAUUGCUGUUGCUUCGAGCUAUACAAACACAUAUCAACCUUCAGCCACCCCGCCCGAUACGCGGCAGGCGAAUCCGACCCUCCGUCCCCUCAAACUCCAAGGAACGCCCAUUAGCACAGAGGCACUUCAGGUUCAUGGUGCCACAACCAAUCCUGCGGCAGAAUGGGUGUCCAAGCAGAUUGGCGUCUCGGGCUUCACAGAUAGUGCCGCAUCGCUCACGAGUACCGUAUAUCGCGACUUGAAGAUGCAAACGUCCAUGCAACGUGGGAGAGUGCCGGAACCGGACCUCGCAUGUGCCAGAGAUUAUGCCGCAGCAUAUUUCGACCAUGCCUUCGAAUCGGCCUUUGAUAUCGUUGAUCGAGCGUCUUUCGAAGCGCGCCUAACCGCUCAAAUUCUGAGUUCUGCUUCUGGGGAUGAUCCAGCAUGGUACGCUCUGCGCAAUGUCGUCUAUGCAUUUGGCUGCAGAGCGUCCACCUAUAGAGAGACAGUGCCAGAGUCAUGGGCGGAGGCGCAAAGGAAAUCCUGGCAGUACUUUGAAAAUGCUCUCUCAGUUCACACCGAGCUGGUUUACUUUCGAUCGAAUCUUUCCGCGGUGCAAGCGCUCUUAGCCAUGUCCCUCUUUGUUGAAGGAAUGGGCAAUCCGAAAUUGGAAUAUAUGCUCAUCAGUACCACGGUACGCCUGGCUCAGUCCAAGGGACUCCAUCUACAGCCGCCCGCGACGACCAAACUCUCAGCGGCUGAGAUAGCCCUUCGAAGCCGGCUGUUCUGGACCAUGUACUUCUAUGAGAAACAUAUUGCAUACCGAGCUUGCCGCCCAUCAAUGAUCAACGACGAUCACAUUGACUGCCAGCUUCCUGAACCCAUUGACGGACAACCUUCGAUCAAAACAGAAUUCUUCCACCAUGUUAUCCGCCAUGCACAAAUCUCAUCUUCUAUCAUUGAUCAACUGACCGCGGCAAAAGCUCGUCGACGGAAACCCAGCAAAACAAUCGAGACCGUCAACGAAAUUCACCAAAGACUCAAGUCCUGGUACGACACAGUGCCAGCGACUUUACGAUUCCGACGCUCGCAGCCAGUCCUGGCUUCUCCAGACCUACAGAUGAGUCACAUCACUUAUCUACACCUGGCAUACCACGGAAGUUUGGCAGCAAUACAUUCAGUGUUCGCCUACCCCUGGGAAUUGACACGGCUGGAGGCUGGCUCAGAUGUCGACCUGAAUCCACAGAUCGACGCAAGCACACAAACCCUUGCCGAAGCCGCCCGAAACAUCAUACUGACCACGAAAUAUCUACAUCUUUCCGCGGCAGCUCCAGCGUGGGAACUCUUCUUGUAUCCUAUUGUAGGCAUGAUCAAUCUGUUCGUCUACAUUCUCAAAUAUCCCACUCGGUCCUCUGUCCCUUCCGAUUUGGGUCUACUGCAAAUGGCUGCCGGGUACUUUGGAUACUUAGACUACGCUACGACAUCGACUAAGCGGUUCCCCUUCACAAAAGAUAUUGUAAAACUUGCUCAGAAUGCUACGGAAAGAGCGCAGGGCUCACACAGAGGCGGCAGUGAAGUCCUACCUGCAUUGACAGCCGGACUUGAAACCAACGGCAACGACGGGAUGGAUCUAUGUUCAUGGGACGAGGAAUUCGGAGAUUUUGAUGUCAACGAAAUAGGCCUGGAAAAUUUGGUCUGCUUCCUGCCCGCCCUGACUCAAGUCUCGUCAAUGGCAAUGGACACUUUGCCGGAUGGCUCGAUCGACUUUUCCAUCAGCAAGUAG